GUUUUUUUUUAGUGCUAAACUUUGAAACAGGCAUCCAGAGAAGGCUUUUGAAGAACAAAGAAUAGCUAUAUUGUGGUUUAUGAUUAAAAUAUAUAGACAUUUUACUCGCGGAAUUGACUCUGUAAUGUAAUCUCACCAUAUCAUUUCACUUUAAAAAAGAAAAAAUGAACGACGACAAAAGAUAAAGGCAACAGAAUGGUGAGCACGCCACAGAGGCAGCAGCAGCUGUCAGCUGUACGAGUAGCAGUGGUAGUACCUCCCUCAAUCGUCAUCGGUUCCCGUGUCGCCGCCUUAUAACCAACCUCUAGUCUGUGAUGUACGAUCCCUAGCCACCCUAUACUCUUUCCCCACGUGUUCUCUCUCUCUCUCUCUCUCUCUCUCUCGUUUUUAUUUGGAUUAAUACGAAAGAAAUAUAAACAGUUCCUCUCUUCUCUCUGCACAAACAGAAGAGAAAAAAAAUGGAUAGAGAUUUGAAGUCGAGCUUUGCCUCUGCAUCUCUGUUACCGGACGAGGAAACCUCAUAUAACUCCUCCGAUUUUUCCAUGGCUACUAAUUCUACACCUCUUUUCCAUUUGUCUUCUUCUCCUCCUCCAAGUUUCUCCUUUUUCGCUCAACAUUUCACUUCCAACUCCCAAACCUUCAAAAUCCCCAAAAAGGAAACCAGCCUUCCGUUGCCCGACCCACUUUUCACUAAUCUGAACCCGCAUACUAAUAACCCACAAACGUCAAACUCCAUAGUUGAAGGUUUCAGUAUUCUCUCCUCCAAUCCUUCUCAAAAGAACAAGAGGCAGAGGUGCAGGCAAACGAUGGGUGAUAAGUUUCGAAUCUUACAAAAACUCAUGCCUUGGGAUAAAAGAAUGGACACUGCUACUAUGCUUGCUGAAGCUUAUAACUAUAUCAACUUCUUACAAGCUCAAGUUAAAGCUCUCCAAGCGAUGCCCUUGUUCGAUGACCCAACAUCAACUCAUCACUCUUUUAACACUGAUAAUUAUGUUUGUGCUCUUGGUAGUGUCUUUGGUGCUAUGGGGAUGUUGACCAGGCAGCAGCUUUUGCAGGUUCUUUUGAACACUCCUGAGGCUCUAACUAGACUUUACUCUCAACGCUGUUGUCUCUUUUCUAUUGAACAGUUGCUGGCUUUGAACAAAGUUGCUGCUUUGGAACAACAGUUGAUGAUGUUUGGUUCCACUAAUUGAUAUAAGAUGGUGAGCCAUAUGAAGAUGACGCCAUAUUCUUGGCAUUUCUCUAUCGAAUUUAAAGGAUAAGGUUUCAAUUUGUUCAACUCGAAUCCGUUGGUUGUAUAAUUCCAAAUUUAAGCAUUGUAAUGGAAAAUGGUGCGUUAGGGUUUCUAGGAUUGUGAAUGAGAUUGGAGCUGAAUUUGUAGUUAUAGUUAGAGGUUAUAAUAAAGGGAGUAAAUUACUCACUCAGAUCACAAUUUAUAAGAUGGAUAUUUGUUUAU